GAGGAGAUAAGCGGUGAGGAGAGACAAUCCGGAAAGCAUCCCCAAGAAACAGAACCAAAAAGCAUCAUAAAUCACCCUACAUAUAUGUUCGUGGACCCGUGGCAAUGGAAAUAAGUGUGAAACCAGAGCCCAGAAAACCAGACACAUUUACGAAUAGGAAGACAAGCAGCUAGAGGAGAUCAGGGAUCAGUGGUGACCAUGCGCAGCGGGCGGAACUAUGUCCAGCGGCAGAGCGAAACGCUGGAGAGCAGCUUUGAGCUGGAGGAGCCGGAGGAUUACGAGCAGGAGGAUUCCGAGGGAGGAACUAAGGGAAGGAAGGAUCGCCAGGAGUCGGGCGAGCAGACCGACACACUGAGCACCCACAGCAGCAGUUCCACGCCGACGACGGCGGAUGUGGCCGAUGUGGAGACCAUCAGCUCCCUGCCCCUCUCUCCUCCUCCCGUCUCCGCCUUUGGCGUGGGGAUUCAUGGCAAUCAGCUGGUCAAGCGGCACUCGCCGCUGAAGGAUCAGCAACAUCAGCGGCAGCAGGCGGACAGCAGCUCCUCCAACUCCAGCGAAAGUCAGCAGCCCGAUCUGGAUGAUGUGCCCACGGUAAGUGGGUGCGAUCUGGGACACAACGAACCCUCUAAUCCAGCGUCCAACUCCUCCUCCUCCUCAUCCACAUCCUCCUCUUCCACGACCCCGCAGACAUCGCGGUAUGCAGCUGCAGCGGCACAUCCAAGCGCUGCCUUUGCGGAAACGGCGGCCACCUCGGGAUCGGGAGGAGCUAGAGCAAGUGGAGGAGCAGCUGCCCAUAGGCGCACCCAUUCGGCGGCGUCCUACAUCUCGAUGAGAUCGCAGGGCGGCAACUCGGAGGCGCCGCCAGAGCGACCAAAGCGCAACCGAUUCUUCGAGUGGAUCAGGGUUGUCUGCAACAUCUGCUGCUGCAAGAGUUCCGGAAUCGGGGAGCCGAGUGUUCAUCAUGCGCUGGUUGUGAUAUUUCUAGAGUUCUUCGCCUGGGGUCUGCUGACGAUGCCCAUAAUAUCGACCCUCAACCAGACGUUCCCGGAUCACACAUUCCUCAUGAACGGCCUGGUCAUGGGCAUCAAGGGGAUCCUCUCGUUCCUGUCGGCGCCUCUGAUCGGCGCCCUUUCGGACAUCUGGGGCCGAAAGUUUUUCCUAUUAGUCACAGUAUUCUUCACCUGCCUGCCCAUACCGCUGAUGUCCAUCAAUACGUGGUGGUUCUUUGCCAUGAUCUCAAUAAGCGGCGCCUUCGCCGUCACCUUCUCGGUGGUCUUUGCCUAUGUGGCGGAUGUCACCACGCCGGAGGAGCGAUCCAAGGCCUAUGGCCUGGCCUCGGCCACCUUUGCCGCGAGUCUGGUCAUCUCGCCGGCUCUGGGCAAUGCCCUGAUGGAGAUGUACGGCGACACGCUGGUCGUGGCCCUCUCCACGGCCAUUGCGCUGUUGGAUGUCUUUUUCAUCCUGGUCGCUGUGCCGGAGAGUCUGUCGGAGAAGAUGCGGCCGGCCUCGUGGGGAGCGCCCAUCAGCUGGGAACAGGCGGAUCCUUUUAUGGCUCUUCGCAAAGUGGGCACCGAUAAGACCGUGCUGAUGCUCUGCCUCACCGUGCUGUUAUCCUAUCUGCCCGAGGCCGGGGAGUACUCCUGCAUGUUUGUCUAUCUGAAGCUCAAGAUGGGCUUCAACUACGUGGAGGUGUCCGUCUUUAUAGCCAUAGUUGGCAUCCUCAGCAUCACAGUGCAAGUCACACUGGGCUCUUUCAUGCAGGUGUUUGGGGCCAAGCGCACAAUCAUUAUGGGCCUAGCCCUGGAAAUUGUGCAGCUGCUGUGGUACGGCUUUGGCAGUCAAAAGUGGAUGAUGUGGUCGGCUGGCGUGGUGGCUGCCCUGGGCUCCAUCACCUAUCCCGCCAUCAGCGCCUUUGUAUCCCUCUACGCGGCUCCCGAGAGUCAAGGUGCUGUCCAGGGCAUGAUCACAGGAAUGAGGGGCCUGUGCAAUGGCCUGGGGCCGGCGGUGUUCGGCGUCGUCUUCUAUCUGUUCAACGUGGACCUGAACGACGACCACGACUCGCAUGCGAAGAGCAGCGGCAGCAGGGCGACGAAUGUGGAGAAGAUUUCGCAGCAUGUGCCGGGACCGCCCUUCGUUUUCGGCGCCUUGUGCGUCUUCUGUGCCAUAAUAGUAGCGGCGUUCAUUCCGGAGGGUCAGACCUCCACCUUGGAAAAGAAACGUGCCUCGCUCGAUGUGCAGUACGAGAUUGAGACGGGCCACAAGGCGCCCAGCUCCCUGGCGCCGCUCAUCCGCUCCGACUCGCUGGCGCAGCUGUAGUGCUCCAUCGCUCCAUCGCCGGCAUCGUCGUCCUAUUCCCACACACACACAACUUGAACUUGAACCCAGCUGGUGGCUAUAGAGAGAUACAUACGUAUAAGCAGUGUUAAGGAGUUAAGGAUGAUUUUGUAACUGUAACAAAUGCUGUAACUAGUUUGGCUUUAGUUUCCGAGUCUAUUAGGUGCAUAUACAUAUACAUACAUAUAUAUAUAUAUAUAUCGCAGAUCAGGC